UUUUAUUAUUUUUUAUCUUUGGGCUUCGGCUGUUAUUAUUGUAGGUGUAGGUCGUAGGUGCCGAGUAGCACACUAGCACUUGAUAUCUGUAUCUAAUAUUCGAAAAUUUCAAAUUUCGGAUCCGACCGCUCGUGUCGGUCUAUUACUAUUUUCUCGUCGGCACGAACGUGAAAAUGAGUAAGGUUUACAAAGAAGACGAGAUCAGCGUCCGAGUGGAUCGGUGCCUAUAUGAUUCGGUGAUCAAAUUCGGUGGCGGCUUGAGUGUAGGCAUUGUCGCAUCCCUGUUGUUUUUCAAACGUAAGAAGUGGCCAAUGAUCAUGGGCUCUGGUUUUGGAUUGGGCUUAGCAUAUGAGAACUGUGAAAAAGACCUAAAAGAAUAUUUUACGAGUACAUAAUACAUUGUAUGUUAUUAGAGCUUAGGCAAUAUCACUUUAGCCUUACUCUAUAGUCAGAAUCAAACAAUGUGUUGUUUAUACUGUUUAUUUUCUUUUAUGUUAAUUGUAUUAAUGUAAGUAGUAUUUCUUGUUUCAAUUUUUUAACUGAGAAAAUAUAUAAAUAAUAAUAAUGUUGGA